UGUGUGUAUAUAUAUCCAGCUCAAUUCCCGUCAAGGAAGAGAUUGAACUCGACAUUUAUUCCAAGAGAACAUCUCAUCAUCAAGCGAGAUUGAGAAAGGAUAUAUAUCAACCAUACAUGAUGAUGAGUUCAACAGUCGUAACCAUUCCUAUGGAAGAAGAUGAGAAGAAUGGCCGGAAGCAGAGACCUAGAAUGGCAAGGCAGCAAAAAGAUGGCGUUUAUAGAAAAGUCAUUCACAGUGCCAAAGUUGGAAUAGCAUUGGUUCUGGUUUCGCUUCUGUAUCUCCUUGAUCCGCUCUACCAGUACUUUGGGGAUAACGCCAUGUGGGCUGUUAUGACUGUUGUUGUCAUCUUCGAGUUCUAUGCAGGUGCUACGCUUGGGAAGGGCUUGAAUCGCGGGGCAGGAACAAUACUAGGUGGUGGUUUGGGAUGUUUGGCAGCAAUUCUGGCCGAUGAGGUUGGUGGGGUUGGCAAUGCCAUUGUUGCAGGCAUUUGUGUCUUUGUUUUUGGCGCAGCUGCAACAUACUGCCGACUGGCACCAAGCAUCAAAAGGCGAUACGACUAUGGCUCCAUGAUUUUCAUUCUCACCUUCAACCUCGUCAUCGUGUCUGGCCUGCGUACUGAUAAGAUCAUCGAAAUAGCCCUUGAUCGGCUCUCAACCAUCGGCGUGGGCUUUGUCAUCUGCAUUGCCACAAGCUUGCUCAUCUUCCCUGUGUGGUCGAGUGAUGAGCUUCAUAACUCCACAGCAGCUAAGUUUGAGAGGCUUGCUUGCUGUGUUGAAGAAUGCUUGGAGGAGUACUUCAGAGUGAUCGAUGAGAAGGGAAUCCAUCCAAGUGAAAGUGUUUCCAGUUGCCAAUCAGUGUUAUACUCCAAGCCAAACGAUGAGUCUUUGGCAAAUUUUGCAAGAUGGGAACCAUGGCAUGGAAAGUUUGGGCUUUCUCAUCCCUGGGAUAAAUACUUACAGAUUGGGGAUGUUCUUCGAGAGCUUGCUGCUACCAUUACCACACUAAAAGGGUGUAUUCAGUCUCCCUUGCAGCCCUCAUCAAGUUCAAGGCAGUGCAUAAAGGAACCAUGCGAAGCAGUUGGAUCGCUGCUUGCCGGCAUUCUGGGAGAGCUUGGAGAGACUGUUAUGAAGAUGGAGAGGCCCAGGCCCAAGGAAUUGAUAGCAUCAAAGUUACAGUCAGUCAAACUGGAGCUUAGCCUAGUUGCUUCUGCUCCUAGCAAACUAGAAGCAUCAGAGAACAGCACUGAAGGGCUUGGUUUGGCCAGCUUCAUGUUCUUGUUGCUGGAGAUUGCAGAAAAGGUGGAGGUAUUAGCAAAAGAGGUAGAAGAACUUGGGGAACUUCCUGGUUUUCCAACUUAUUAGACAGUUCCAUUUUAUAUGGGCUUUAUUUAUAACUCGUGAAGGCAACUCUUGGUAGCAAGAGUAAUUGUGCCUUUCGAUUAUGGGUUCAAACUGUGAAAACAGUUUCUUUGCAAAGGAAAAGUUGCAUGCAAACAUAACUCUUCCCAAUUAUUGCUAAAUGGGAAGCCUCAUACAUUCAGGACACCCAAUGUAUGUUUUAACUCCUAAAGUAGUAAUUCCCUUUGGGGACAUCCAAUAAAAUUGGAACAAUGCUUAUACUCAUACAUGGAGAAGAAAUACCCAUGUAAUAUAAUUAUGAAAAUGUCACUAUUUUGCUUGCAGAAUUUUGAAAGAGAGAAAUACCAAC